AUGGCCAGUCUCCUGCAAACAGACCUGUCCUAUGCCUGGGAAAAGUAUAUGGACUGCAGACUCCAAGGAGCUGAUCUGCAGGUCACUCUUCAGAAUCUGGAGAACUUCCUUUGCCUUUUCCACUAUGUGCAGCAUCUCCCCAACCAAACCACAGAUGCCCUGAAAUUCUGCUCAGACAUGAGUGGGGCCAGUAACACUCUGGCCAGGGAGUUCCUGACAGAUGUGCAUCAGCUGUGCAGCGCGGUGGCACAGAGAGCAGAGGCACGGGACGAAGACGAGGAGGAGAGCCACAUGGUCGCUCUGGGGGAGUACCUAGUGAGGGGCCGAGGCUUCCUGUUGCUCAGCACUCUGGACUCCAUCAUAGACCAGGAGCUGACCUGUCGGGAGGAGCUUCUCACUCUGCUGCUGUCACUGCUCCCUCUGGUCUGGAAGAUCCCGGUUCAGGAGGAAAAAGCCCCAGAUUUCACCCUGCCGUCAUUACUGGAGGUGUUCUUGAACUGGGAGGUAAAAGCCGUACCUCUCAGAGCAGGACUGAAGGCUGGGACAGAUGAUCAGACUCCAGGCAAGAGACCACGAGUGUCCAGUGGCACAUGGAAGUCACGGCGUUCACGCAGGACAGCCCAAAGAUACUCUGUAAAAGAUGCUCGCAAAUCCCAGUUAUCCACAUCCGAUUCUGAAGCAAACUCUGAAGACCGGGCUGUCCCAGGACCCGGAGGUGUGCGGACCAGGAGGCCACAUGGAGCCACUCUAAAAGUCAGUUGUCAACAUCACAAAUCAGAGCCACAGUCACACACGACAUCCAACGCAAGUACCAUCACUGAAAACAUGAGCACCACAUACCAACAUCCCCGAACCACCGGGUCCCAGACGGACACCGAAACACUCACAGACCCAGCGGCAAUCUCCAUUUUCAACCGAAUGGAGAACUCCCCGUUUGACCUGUGCCACGUGCUGCUGUCCCUCCUGGAGAAAGUCUGCAAGUUUGACAUGAGUAUCAAUCACAACCCAGGCCUAGCAAUCAGUGUAGUGCCCACUCUCACGGAGAUCCUGACUGAGUUUGGGGAGUGCUGUGGUCCCGGGGGCAUGGUGGGAGCGGGGGCAGAGGAGCUGGCCGGAGGCUGGACAGAGGAGCCCAUAGCUCUGGUGCAGAGGAUGCUCCUGCGCACCAUCCUGCACCUGAUGUCUGUGGAUGUGAGUCAGAGUGAAACACUUCCUGACAGCUUACGCCGCAGCCUCACCGACCUGCUGCGGGCCACGCUCAAAAUCAGGAGCUGUUUAGACAGACAGACUAACCCCUUCGCCCCUCGACCCAAAAAAACCCUCCAGGAAGUCCAGGAUGACUUCUCUUUUUCCCGCUAUCGACACCGGGCACUGCUCCUGCCUGAGCUAUUGGAGGGGGUCCUACAGGUGCUUUUAGGCUGCCUGCAGGCCUCCACUCCAAACCCGUUCUUCUUCAGCCAGGCUCUAGAGCUCAUCCACGAGUUUGUGCAGCACCGUGGCCUGGAGCUGUUCGAAGCCACAGUGCUGCGUCUGGAGGGUCUGUGCCGAGCCCGGGAUUCUGAGAUUGGAGGAGAGGCUGCGGAUAGGCUUCGUGGUCUCAUUGCAGGUGUUUUCAAAAUCAUUAGUGCAGUGAAAAAGGCCAAGUCUGAGCAGCUGCACCAGUCUGUGUGUGCCCGCAGACGUCACAGGCGCUGCGAGUAUUCCCAUUUCUUACAUCACCACAGAGACUUGUCGGGACUCCCCGUCUCUGCCUUCAAGCAGGGAGCCAGACGAAACCCCUUUGAAGAGGAGGGUGACGGGAAAGACGGUGAGGGAGACACUGGUAGGUACCCAGAGCGCUGCUGCUGUUUAGCUGCCUGUGCUCAUCAGUGUCUGAGACUGCUGCAGAGACUCUCCCCAAACGGGCCGGCCAUCCUACAGGUGCUGGCCGGGAUCCAGGCAGUGGGCAUCUGCUGCUGUAUGGACCCUCGGUCAGUGGUCGGACCCCUGCUUCACGCCUUCAAAUCACCAGGUCUGCGCAGUUACCAGUCCCAUGUCCUUAGUGUCCUGAGCCGGCUGAUCCUGGAUCAGCUUGGAGGGGGGCAGCCCUCAGACAAGGCCAAACUGGCCUCUUGUAACAUCUGCACUCUGGACAGCAGCCAGCUACCCGGGCUGGAGGAGACUCUCCAGCAGGGGGAGCUCACCGUGUCCAGUGGGCUGUGUUACCGCUCUCAGGGGAUCCUGCCCAGUGGAGGAGGCACCGAGGACAUGUUGUGGAAGUGGGACGCGCUGCAGGCCUAUCAGGAGCUGGUGUUUGGGGAGGACUGGACCCUCAGUCAGCAGGUCGCAGGUCAUGUGUGUCACCUGACUCUGAGAGGAAAUGCUGUCGUCCAGUGGCAGCUCUACACUCACAUUUUCAACCCAGUGCUGCAGAGAGGAGUAGAGCUUGCCCACCACGCACAGCAGCUGGGCGUAUCCACCGUCUGCACCCAGGUCUGCACCUACCACACCCACUGCCUGCCCAUAGAGGUGCUACUGGUGUAUCUGCAGACGCUGCCUGCGCUGCUCAAGUCCAGGGUGAUCCGAGACCUGUUUGUGAGCUGCAAUGGUCUAAACCAGGUGACGGAGCUGGUAUACUUGGAUCAAACCCGGUCAUUGGCUCUAAAAGUAUUCGAGACUCUGAUCAUUGGCAUUGGUCACAAACAGGCAGAGGGAGCCCUUCAGGAGCUGGAAAGCGCUGAUGCAGAGGAGAGAGAGGCUGUUUUUGCUUUGGCUGAAGAACUGGGCUCCCGCGGGGCUGCUUUUCUAUGUGUCAGCAAAGAGGGCGAUUCAGAUAGAGAUUCGGCCAAUGAUUCGGAGGACACUUCUGGAUACGAUAGCACAGCUAGUGAACCUUUAGGUGGCAGACUUCCUUAUCUGUCCCCUGAUAGUGUGGCUCUUCCCUCCAAAGAGCAGGUUCGCAGGGCUGCCGAUGUCUGGUCAGUUUGUCGAUGGAUCUACUUGGCCAGUCCCCUGUUCCAAAGACAGUUUUUCAGAUUGGGUGGGCUAGACAUUUGCCUACGCCUCAUGACUAUGGUUAUUCAAAAGCUCUCCUGCAAGACCAAAGAUGGAAAAGCCAAAAAGAAACGGGAUGGAAAAAGUAAAGGUAGUCCCGAGUCCACUGCUUAUAAUCCUCUUGUGGGCCAAGAAGAGGCAGACAUCCACAGUCAAUUACACUCAGAGGCAAAAGCGAAAGACCCAGCCAAAAAACUGGAAGAAGAGUGGCAACUUCAGAGCAUACGCCUCCUCGAGGCUCUGUUAGCUAUUUGUCUGCACAGCGCCAACACAGCCCUGCAGCGAGUGGAGCCGGAGCUGUCAUUUCAGCUGCAGUCUGUGGAUGAAACUCUGUCAGAAGUGAGGGACCAGUUGACACGUUCAGGAGUGGUGAACUCUGACCUCGCCAUCCCGCUGUUCAACUCCCUGCUGAGAGUCGCCUUAGCAGAGGUGUCGUCCUGCCCCGAGCCUCCCGAGGAGAAACCGGAGAAGAAGCUGCAGGUCCUGGCUGAAGGGGUGGUCCCUGCAGGGGAUUUGUCGGAGGAGGUAGAUGAGGUGCAGAGCUGCGGAGUGAAAGCCCCCGGGGAGGAGGAGGGGUACGACGCGGACAGCGAAAGUAACCCAGAAGACAUGUCCCGCCAAGAAGAGGGGCUGAAAGUGGAGUCAUCAGCGCUGCAUGAGUUUGGGGCAGCGGUGGACGGAUGCAGAAGAGGAGUUUUGCUGUUUCCCGAGAUCUGCACCAUGGAGCUGCAGCUCCUCGCCUCAGGCUCCCCAGACCUGGAGGUCCUCAGUCAUGUGUUCCACAGUCUGCUGGGGGCCGUGCACGCCAACCGCCACAAUGCUGCUCUCCUCUACGACCAGGAUGGAGUUAAAACCAUCCUGUUUGGCUUUCACAACAUACUUUGUCAAACGGAGCCGUCUUUUAAAGAUUGCCAGACCGUCCUGGUGGAGCUGCUGGUGUCCAUGGUGACGCAGAGAAUCACAGCGGAAGAACUGGCUUUAUUGAUUCGACUGUUCCUGGAGAAGACACCAUCCACGGAGAUUUUACUAAAAGGCAUUCAGCAGAUCAUAGAGGCAAACAUCGACGUCGACCCGCUGCACUUUCUGACAUUUCCCAUAAUCCUUGGGGCCGUGACUCCAGGCGGGAUCACCCCUGGCUCCAGACAGAACGGCUCUGCAGGGGGCAAAAGUGUGGGUCUGCUGUGGAAGGGGAAACCGUCUCCAGGACGACGCGAAGGAGACGGGGACCUGCGGGCUUCCAACAUCCGCUCUUCCCCGUGGCACGCCGCCCCCUUGCACUUGCCGCUUGUGGGGCAGAACUGCUGGCCCCACAUGGCGUCUGGCUUCAGUGUUUCCAUGUGGGUGAGAGUGGUCAACGCAGAAGACAAGGAGAAGGAGAAAGACGCAGAAGACAGACACCUCUCCACUGCUGAGUCCCACCACGGUGCCACUCGUACUGGGACGACAUCCAGCGAAGAGUCCCUCAUUCAUAUUCUGUCCAUGGGCUCCAAAGCACUGAUGCUUCAAGUAUGGGCAGACCUCUUCACGGGCGCUUUAACGUUCAGGAUGUGUAUUGACCCCAAUGAUGAGAUAAAGGCGGGACUCCUGGCUCAAGCAGAGUCCGGAGAGGGUCUGCUCAGUCCUGGACAGUGGGAGCAUAUCAGCCUGACUUACAGCCAGCAGCCUGAGGGCAAGAAGAACAUUCAUGGCUCUGUGGUGGUGUGGGUGUGUGGAAUCAGAAAAUGUGAAGUUUCUUUGGACUACACAUUACCCAGAAAGUCUAGUUUAUCGUCGGACAGCAACAAGACCUUGUGCAUGUUGGGACACUGCCUCUCAAUGUCCGAAGAGCAAAUAAAGCAGAGCCCACGCUGGAAUAUGGGCACUGUGCUGCUGUUUAAUGGGUCCAGGAUUGGUUCAGAGGAGGCCUUCUAUCUCUACGCCAGUGGUCCAGAUCUCACCUCCAUAAUGCCCUGCAAGUACGGCAAGCCCGCUGUGUCAUUCUCCAAGUUUGUCACAUUGGAGGGACUCAAGUGUGACUACGUCCGAGACCUUCUGUCCAAAAAUAAAGAUGUGGACACUACAGCUUUAGUUGAGAGUCUUGCGGUGGUCUACGCUCCCAGCAGCCCCAGAGUCUACACCAUCUACGAGCCUGUGAUCCGGCUGAAGGGCCAGGCCAAAACAGUGGUGACGCAGAGGCCAUUCAGCUCCAAAGAGGUGCAGAGCGUGUCCCUGGAGAACCACACCGUGCGCUGUCUGCUGCCCACUCACACGCAGGGCCUACAAAGCGUCCUGCACAAGAUCGGAGGAACGGGGACCUUUGUGUAUCUCUUUGCGCAGACUGUGGAGCUGAGCGACUGUGAGCAGACGCAGGCCCUGGCGCUGAGGAUCCUUCUAUCUCUGUCCAAAAAAAACCAGCACCGCAUCCAUGAAUUGAACUGUUACCAUGGAUACGCCAUGAUCCACCAGGUCCUCAUCAAGUCCAAGUGCAUCGUGGGAUAUCACAUGCUCAAAACUCUGCUAGAUGGUUGUUGCAGUGCUCCCACUCUGGUCCUGGGAGACGAUGGGCAUUUUCGCUUGGAUACAGAGUCCCUUGCUGUGGUCCAGGACGUCAAACUGCUUUCAGACAUUCUAUUGGACUGGAAGAUAUGGGCCAAAGCUGAGUGCGGUGUGUGGGAAACGCUGCUCGCCGCGUUGGAGAUCCUCAUCAGAGUUCACCAUCCGCAUCAAGUCUUCAACAUCCGACAGUUCCUUAAGGCUGAAGUGGUUCAUCGCUUCCUUCUCACCUGCCAAGUCCUACAGGAGCACAAGGACGAGCACCUCACUGCCAUCCCACAAGAAGUCUGCUUAUCGUUUGUCAAAAUCAUUCAAGAAGUUUUAGGUUCCCCUCCCGACUUGGAUUUACUCAAACUGAUCUACAACUUCCUCCUGGCCGUUCAUCCGCCCACAAACACUUACGUCUGCCACACUCCGUCAAGCUUUUAUUUCUCUCUCCACAUCGAUGGGAAAGUUUAUCACGAGAAAGUCCAGUCCAUUAUGCACCUCCGACACUCCACGAGCGGAGGGAAGUCUGCCUGCAGCUCUGUGGUGUCUCUGUCCCCCACUGUCUUCACUGAUGCUCCACAUGAAGGCCAUCUUCACCCUUCUUACGCCGAGCACGGAGACAACGCCUUACGCCCUCCGAGUCUUGCCCCAUCUCCGUACUCCUCCCCCCUCCUCACCCCUCGCCUGGGGAACGCAGGGGGCCCAGCGUCUGGUGACAGUGAUGGUGUCUCCCCUCUGGCUCAGCAGGCUCUGGGCAGCACCGAGACUCUAAAGAAGGGGGACGAACAGCUCCUCAGCAGCUGUGAAUCGGCCAAAACCAUCUGCGACUCCCGGGAGGUUGAAGGGGGCGCCCGUACCCCCUCCAUUAGCGUGGAGGAGGAGCGGGAUGAAGCUGAGGUGGACAGUUUAGCCGAAGGCAGCGUGGGGGUGGCAGAGUCUGAGGAUCGGUUUGAUUGGGCCAGUGAUGAGGCUCCGCGGAGGCCUGACAGUCUGAAAGGCAUCCAGUCGUUCCAGCGCAGUCAUAGUAACCUGGCGAGUCUGGGGCUGGCCUUUCCUGCUACAAACGGGUCAUUGGCAAUCGGACGGUGGCCUAGUGCAGCCGACAGAGGGUCAAUGCCUGAGGACUGGGAGAGUUACACCUAUUCACCAGGAUACGAGCGCGCACACAGCAAAACGGAAUCCAAUGACAGGUCGAGCACAGAGGACUGCCUGGUGCUGAUUUGCUGUGGCCUGUACGACCUGCUAAGGGGAGUGCUGCUACUGUUACCAGAUCUGAUGCUGGAGGAAGUGAUGGACAAACUCAUCCAACCAGAGGCUCUGAUCGUCCUGGUCAACCACUCAUCUCCUCUGAUCCAGCAAGGGGUCAUGAAGUUGCUGGACGCAUAUUUCAGCCGAGCCCAGAAGGAGCAGAAGGAAAAGUUUCUGAAGAAUCACGGCUUCUCGUUGCUGGCCAAUCAGCUGUACAUUCACCAGGGCAGUCAGGGCCUCCUCGAGUGCUUUCUGGAGAUGCUGUUUGGUCGCCCUGUAGGCUUGGAGGAAGAUUUGGACCUGGAGGAGAUGGAGAGCAUUUCCCCUUUCAGACGGCGCUGCAUCAUUCCUGUGCUGGGCCUCAUAGAAAACUCUCUAUAUGAAAACUCACUGGUGCAUAACAUCUUGUGCAUGCUGCUGCAGCUCCUCAAUGCGUGUCCUAAACUGGCAGACAUCCUCUUGGACCACGGACUGCUCUAUGUCCUCUUCAACACACUGUCUACACUCAACGGCAUGGAGAACGGCAUCCCUCUGAACGACUACAAGCUCCUGGUGUGUGACAUCCAGCAGCUGUUGGUGGCCGUGACGAUCCACUCCUGCAGCUCCUCGGGGUCCCAGUACUUCCGCAUCAUCGAAGACCUCAUUACUCUUCUCGGAUUUAUGCAAACAAGCAAGAUGCGGCGCACGCAAGAAAUGGCCGUCGCGCUGCAGUUCCGCGUCCUUCAGUCGGCCAUAGAGUUCAUCAAGACGACAGCCAAUCAGGAGCCGCAGAAACUCAGCAGCUCCAUCACCACAACCAGCUCUCCUCACCACGCCAUGUACCAGAAGCGGAAAAGCAUCGCUGGAUCCAUUGCCAAAGACUCCAUAAUCCCCCGCAUCCCUCGACAGCACUACUGCUCGUACGGCCAGAUCCCCCUGUCCCCCUCCUUCAGCUUCCUCUCUCAGGACUCCCCCCUGCCCUCCCCCUCUGGCGCUCCCUCCUACAUGCUCAACUGUGACGCAGGCCGGCGCCGCUUCUCUCUCGCUCAGACCGACUCUCUGUUGAUGCGGAUGCGUUCUGUGGCCAGUGACGAGCUGCACCAGAUGAUGCAGAGGCGGAUGAGCCAGGAGAACCCCAUCCGAGCAAGCGAGACGGAGUUUGUCCAGAGACUUCAGCGGCUCGUGGUGCUGGCCGUCAACAGACUCAUUUACCACGAUGUCAGUCAGGACCUGUUUGAUCUGCUGAACAUCCCAGACUCUCCAGAGCAUCAGCUGUACACCCCUGAACCCGGAGACGCCGCAGCAGAUGAGAGCGCACCCUCCUCGGUCCCUCACUCCCCCACCCCCUUCACCCUCCCCCCCGCCAGCAAGAAGAGCCUCCAUAAGGACAUCCUCAAACUCAUGAUGGACGGCAUCAAGAUCAGUCUGGGCAGCACAGGCCGAGGUGGAGCCCCCCAUCACCAGUGGAGACGGAUCCUCUGGUCUUGUCGGGACACUUUUCGGGUUCAAAUCGGGCGUCUGCUGGUCCAUACCCUCAGCCCUGCACUACCUUUGUCCGAAAGAAAGGAGGCACUAGAGUUUGUGUUCGAUCACAAGCAUCUGGACAUCCUCAAAGAGAGCCUCAGUCCGGGUCUGGAGCACGGCCCAAAGUUGUCGCUGUACCUCUACGAGAUGCUUCACGAUCACAAAGACAAUUUAACCAAAGACGAACAAAACGCGGUAGCCGUUUUCAUGACGUCCCUGAAGCUCUGUGGUCACCGCUGCAUCCCGCACAACUCUCCACAUAAGAAAGAUUUACUCAAGGCUGUGAAAGAGGAGAAGUUCAAGUAUGAAGCAGAAGAGAAAACCAGCAAAGUUGCUUGGGAAAAGAAAAUGGCCAAUACCCAGAAAAAUCUCAUCCAGAGGCUCGAUGGAAAGUCGAAGGACAUCUCAAAGAUUGCAGCUGAUAUCACCCAGAACGUGUCGCUGCGGCAGGGCAUGGAGAGGAAGAAGGUGAUCCAGCACAUCAGAGGCCUCUACAAGACCGACCUGAGCGCUAGCCGACACUGGCAGGAGCUGGUGCAGCAGCACACGCACGACCGCGCUGUUUGGUACGACCCAAGCUCUUAUCCCACGUCCUGGCAGCUGGAUCCGACAGAGGGCCCGAACCGUGAGCGCAGGCGUCUGCAGAGAUGCUACCUCACCAUCCCAAACAAAUACCUGCUCAGCGACCGCCGCAAACCUGAAGACUCUGUCAAGCCCCCGCUCUCGUUUUUAUUUGAGGAAAAGACUCACUCCUCGUUCUCCUCCACCGUGAAGGACAAAGCCACCAGUGAACCGAUCAGGUUCACCAGGCGCUGCAUUAGUGUCGCCCCCUCCCGUGAGACCGCGGGGGAGCUGCUUCUAGGAAAGUCAGGCAUGUACUUUGUGGAGGAUAAUGUGUCUGAGGCCCAUGACAAUCAGAGCCUUCAUGGUGAGACUGAAGCUCCAUCUUUUUCCUGGACGUACGAAGAGAUCAAAGAGGUUCACAAGCGCUGGUGGCAACUCCGAGAUAAUGCGGUGGAAAUAUUCCUCACCAAUGGCAGGACCCUGCUGCUAGCGUUCGACACUACCAAGUUCCGUGACGAUGUUUUCCACAACAUCCUGACCUCGGACCUGCCAAACCUGCUGGAGCACGGAAACAUCACGGCUCUGACUCAGCUGUGGGGGUCGGGGCAGAUCUCCAACUUCGAGUACCUCACACACCUCAACAAACACGCGGGACGCUCCUUCAACGAUCUCAUGCAGUAUCCGGUGUUCCCCUUCAUCCUGAGAGACUACACCAGUGAGACGCUGGACCUGCAGGACCCCACCAUCUACAGACAAUUGGUCAAACCUAUUGCUGUCCAGUCAAAGGAGAAAGAGGAUCGCUAUGUGGAUAACUACAAAUACCUGGAGGACGAGUUCAAGAAGGGCAUUCGUGAAGAUGACCCCAUGCCUCCAGUGCAGCCGUACCACUACGGCUCCCACUACUCCAACAGCGGCACCGUGCUGCACUUCCUGGUCAGAAUGCCCCCCUUCACCAAGAUGUUCCUGGCCUAUCAAGACCAGAGCUUUGAUAUUCCCGACCGCACGUUCCACUCUAUGAACACCACGUGGCGCUUGUCGUCCUACGAGUCCAUGACCGACGUUAAAGAGCUGAUCCCUGAGUUCUUCUACCUCCCAGAGUUCCUCAUCAACAGAGAAGGGUUUGACUUUGGCGUUCGGCAGAAUGGGGAGCGAGUGAAUCACGUAAACUUACCUCCUUGGGCGAGAAACGACCCGCGGCUCUUCAUCCUGAUCCACCGGCAGGCGCUGGAGUCGGAGCAGGUCUCGCAGACGCUGUGUCAGUGGAUCGACUUGGUGUUUGGCCUCAAGCAGAAAGGAAAAGCCGCAGUGCAGGCCAUCAAUGUCUUCCACCCGGCUACAUACUUUGGCGUGGAUGUGUCUGCGGUGGAGGAUCCAGUGCAGCGCCGUGCCUUGGAAACUAUGAUAAAAACAUACGGACAGACGCCCAGGCAGCUCUUCAGCGCGACGCAUAUCAGCCGGGCUGGAACCAGGCUCUUGAUGGAGGGAGAGCUGCCGGCGGCUAUGGGCCUCCUGGUGCAGCUGGCCUUCAGAGAGACGCGAGAGCAGGCCAAAGAGAUCGUGUGCCCGAGCCCCCUGCCCUGGAUCAAAGGCCUGAAAUGGGGAGAGUACGUGGGCUCUCCCAGUGCUCCAGACCCAGUGGUUUGCUUCAGCCAGCCUCACGGAGAGCGGUUUGGUUCCCUGCUCGCCCUGCCCACCCGAGCCAUCUGUGGUCUGUCCCGCAAGUUCUGCCUCAUGAUGAUCUACAGCAAGGAGCAGGGGGUCCGCAGCAUGCACAGCACAGACAUCCAGUGGUCUGCCAUCCUGAGCUGGGGCUACUCUGACAACAUCCUCAGGCUGAAGAGCAAACAGAGCGAGCCCCCCAUCAACUUCAUCCAGUGCUCCCCGCUUCACCUGGUGAGCAGCUGCGCCUGGGUACCCGACGGCUGCCAGCUCUUUACGGGCAGCAAGUGUGGAGUCAUCACCGCCUACAGCAACCGCUUCACCAGCACCACGCCGUCGGAGAUGGAGGUGGAGGCUCAGGUUCAUCUGUAUGGACACACGGCGGAGGUCACGGGUCUGUUUGUGUGUAAACCCUACAGCGUCCUGAUCAGCGUGAGCAGAGACGGCACCUGCAUCCUCUGGGACCUCAACCGGUUGUGUUAUGUCCAGAGCCUGACUGGGCACAAAAGUCCAGUGACGGCCGUGUCUGCGAGUGAGACGACCGGAGACAUCGCCACAGUGUGUGACUCAGUGGGAGGGGGCAGCGACUUGCGCCUGUGGACCGUGAAUGGAGACCUGAUCGGACACGUGCACUGCAGAGAGAUCAUCUGCUCUGUGGCCUUCUCAAACCAGACGGAGGGUGUGUCCGUCAAUGUGAUCGCUGGGGGCCUGGAAAACGGAGUGGUCAGGUUAUGGAGCACCUGGGAUCUGAAGCCAGUGCGAGAAAUCACCUUCCCAAAGUCCAGCAAACCUAUUAUCAGCCUCACAUACUCCUGCGACGGGCACCACCUCUACACAGCCAACAGCGAGGGCACGGUGAUGGCCUGGUGCCGCCGCGACCAGCAGAGGAUGAAGCUGCCCAUGUUCUACUCGUUCCUGAGCAGCUACGCAGCCGGAUGA